UAACAAGCCAAUUUGGCUUUGUGUUUUGGUCUUUUUCUCCUCCACAAUAUUCUUCUCUAUCUUUCCCCUCCACACACACAAACAAACUUCUGAAAUUUCCACAACUAAGUAGGAAACUAACUAUGCUUAAUUAGCAAAUUCUUGAUGUUAUAGCUUUUUUGUUUUUUGUUUUUUGUUUUUUAAAACUUGUGCUACCUAGAUUUUGAUGUGUAUAUAACUUUGAAGGAAUAUCCAUCUUGAGAUCUAUUCAACUUUUUCUUCUUUCAUAUAUAAACAAAACUUUGUAGAACAAUUACUCUCACAUAUAUUGCAUAGAGAUGAUGAAAGGUUUUGCUGUGGAUGAAAAUAUGUCAAAUUUGACAUCUGUUUCAAGUGAAAUAAGUGCUUCUUCAGCAAACAAGAAUGAAAAUGCUUCAACAAAAAGGAAGAGAAAUCUUCCUGGCCACCCAGACCCUGAGGCAGAAGUGAUAGCUUUGACACCCCAAACCUUGAUAGCAACAAACAGGUUCCUUUGUGAGAUUUGUAACAAAGGUUUUCAAAGAGAUCAGAAUCUUCAGCUUCAUAAAAGAGGACAUAAUUUGCCAUGGAAGUUAAAGAAAAGAAACAACAAUGAAGUUAUAAGGAAGAAAGUGUAUGUGUGUCCAGAGCCAACAUGUGUUCACCAUGAUCCUUUAAGAGCACUUGGUGACCUAACUGGAAUCAAGAAGCACUUUUUUAGGAAGCACGGUGAGAAGAAGUGGAAGUGUGAGAAGUGUUCUAAGAAGUAUGCUGUUCAAUCCGAUUGGAAAGCUCACUCCAAAAUUUGUGGCACUAGAGAGUAUAAGUGUGAUUGUGGAACCCCUUUCUCAAGAAGGGACAGUUUUAUCACUCAUAGAGCCUUCUGUGAAGUUUUAUCACAUGAGAAUAAUAUUAAUGGCACAUCAAUGAACCCUCAAAAUUUCACUUCUCACUCUCAAUUUCAUCAUAGCCAUGGAAGUUUUGAAGCACCAUCACUUAAAAAAGAAGAAGAGAUGAAUCACUUCAAUUUAAGACAACAAAUACCAUCAUGGUUCUCUAGCUCAACACCACAACAACAAAUUCUCCCAAUCCACCAUCAUCAAAACCCUAACCCUACAACUUUAUUUCCUUCUUUCAACUCCAAUAAUAAUUCUUCUGAUUCUCCUCACAUGUCUGCCACUGCAUUACUACAAAAAGCAUCACAAAUAGGUGUAACAAUGAACAAAACUGAAACCUCUAUUUGUAGGCCCCACUUAAACAUGCAAACUCACGUGCCUCAAUAUGGAAAUAAUAAUAUGGUUAUUAUGCCAUCACGUGAAGAAAUAGGGACAGAUUUUUCUCAUUGUUUGGAAUCUUAUGAGAAUAAAGCUACAAUAACCUCUCAUAAUAAUAAUUGCUUUGAAGCAUCUUCUUCUGUUUUGCAUGAUCAAGGGUUUGUGGUAGGAAUGUUUGAUGAUCAACAAAGAGAUGAUAAUAAUAAUAAUAAUAAUAAUAAUAAUAACUUUGGAGAACUUGUUUCAAAACCAACACAAUAUUAUUCUCAUUUUGGUAAAACCAACAAGGGUGGUGGUGGUGCAAAUGAUGAUGGUGAAAUGACAAAGGAUUUUUUGAGUCUUGCUGCAUUUUCACAAAGAGAUCAAUACUUGUUCAAUAUAUCUACAAAUAUUGAUGAUCCUUUGGCUUCUUUAUCGUUUGGUAAGCAAAAUCAAAAUCAAACUUUUUGGAGAGGUUAAUCAGGUUUUAAGAUAAUAUGUUGUUAUGUUAGUUUUAUGAGUUUAAACUUCAAAACUCUCUUAGCUUAAACUAAGGUACUAUACACUUGUUAUUUUAGGUGUUCCUUUAGUAACUUUUUUUCACUUGUAUAAUGUAAUUUCAUUUUCUAUAUAGAUCAAUUUUCGUAUAUUAAAUUAUUAAUUCUUAAUAAAUAAAAA